AUGCCUGCAAAGCAAUUUUACCUCCUUGGAGAGCCAGUCUCCUCCGCCAGAAACAUCGAUGUUGAUCCCAAAAGUGAUUUGGGUGCACUCAAGGACCUGAUUGCAGCUCACUUCGCUAUCGUUGAGUCAAGUGGUAUCGACUUCCAAGCUCAAGACCUCCACCUGAACGAGAUCACCGAAGUUACUUCCGCCGAGACUCCCAUCGCUAUCACCAUCGAUGGCAACGCCGUCCGUGAUCCUCCUGGCCCGAAGGGUCUCCCCUAUGUCGGAAAUUUCUUUGAAGUCUACCCAGACCACCUUGGCAACCACCAGCGUCUCUUUGAACAAUACGGACCGGUCAUCAAGACAGUCAAUCUUGGCCGCACGAUCUACCAAACCAAUGACCCCGCUAUCUCCGCGAUCGUCUUUGCCGAAUCUGACUUUUUCACAAAAAAGAUCAACGAGUCCCACCCCCUCUACCCUCUGAAGCAGCCCGAGGCUGGUGUUUUCCUAGGAGAUACCGAUACUCCUGAGUGGAAGGUUGCCCACAAGUUUUUGCCCCCCGCUCUCGGCCCCAAGGCUGUCCGUCACUAUGCGCCGACAAUGCAGAAGACAGUGGAGGAUGCCUUCAAGGUCUUUGACGACUUUGAUGAGCAGGGUGAAGCCUGGAACGUUUACCAGUACAUGCUGAAGCUCGGUUCUCAAGCUGUUGGCAAGCUCACGCUUGGCUUAGACUUCCAACACUUUUCGAAUCGGGACGCAGAGAUGCACGAGAUGGUACAUUUGAUUGCUGGUGUUCUUUCUCUCAAUAAAAAAGUCUCUUCUAAGGGAGAUUGGUAUGGUAAAAUGCCAUUCGGUGAUCCCAAGCGUCUUAAGGACAUGAAGAUCAGAGUUGAGGAGAUUGUCGGUGAAACAAUUAAGCAAGCCGAAAGUGGUGGUGUUGAAGAUCUGCCACUGCAAGAUGCAGCGCUGAAGGCGUCUAACAUGAUCGACUAUGCCAUCCGCGCCACCGACAGCAAGGGCGAGAAGCUGCCCCAAUCAAGCUUGAUCUGGGCUCUCGUCGUCGCAACCGGAGCCGGCUUCACAACCACCAGUUCCCUUCUGUCCUGGCUCAUCUACGGUCUUGUCACCUACCCCGGUAUGCAAGAAAGACUACUUCAAGAACUUAUCGACCACGGAAUCGACGAGAACACCGUUAUCACGGCAGAUGUCACCGACGAACUCGACUUCCUCGAUAAAUACAUCAAGGAGACCCAGCGUCGCCACAACCCCAGUUUCCAACCGGGACGCACUGCCAAGAUUGACCUCGUGCUUCCGGGAGGUUACAAGAUCCCUAAGGACUCGGUUAUCCUCCCGGCGCUGCACCACAUCCACAACAACCCCGAUCUGUGGGAUAAUCCUGCCCACUUCAACCCUGACCGAUGGGACACCGAUGAAGUCAAGAACAGACACAAGGCUGCGUACAUCCCAUUCGCUAUGGGCCCCCGCAUGUGCAUUGGCUUCAACUUUGCCUUGCAGGAAAUCAAGGUCUUCAUGCCCAAGCUCAUCUACCGGUAUAAGUUCAUCCGGGAGGGCAAUGACCCCAUCCAGUAUGAUCCAAUGUUCCAGUUGAUUCGUCCUAACAACCUCUACGUUCGCGCAGAGAGGCGGGUGAAGUGGCCCGCUAAGUCGGAGGCCGCGGCAACGGAGAGUGCUUAA